CAUCCAAACGAGGCCAGAAUGACUUAGAUUCUCAAUCCAUCCCCGAGCAGAAAGUCAAAAUCCGCAUUAACUUUUUUUCUUCUUCUCCGCAACAAGAGAAGGAACCGAGCAGUUGCACAUUUCCGUCCUUCCAAGAAUUUCAAUUUCGCGUGUAUAUAAACGCGGUGCCGGUUCAGAUGUUUCCACUGAACCACAAAUCAGCUCAUCUCUUUGAGUUUCGUGUUUACAAUUUGUCUGAUUUCAGAAUUAGGUUUUGGAGUGCGGGAGCUACAUCAUGGGGAGUUUGGCGGCGGAGAGAAAAAGGGUGGUGGUUGUCGGCGGAGGAGUUGGUGGCUCUCUUCUUGCCUAUACCCUUCAGAACCACUGCGACGUUUUCCUCAUUGAUUCGAAAGAGUAUUUUGAGGUUUCGUGGGCAAGUUUAAGGUGCAUGAUUGAACCGUCUUUCGCAAAGAGAACAGUGAUUAACCACAAUGAAUACCUUCACAAAGCAAGUAUCAUUUCGUCUCCGGCUAUUGGCAUCACACAGAGUGAAGUUUUGACAGAACAAGGCGAGCAGAUCACUUAUGAUUACCUUGUUGUUGCCACUGGUCAUGUGGAGAAUGGAAAUUCUACAAAACAGGAAAAGCUCAAUUACUACCAAAACGAGAAUGAAAAAAUCAGAUCUGCUAAUUCCGUAUUGAUAAUUGGAGGGGGACCGACGGGUGUAGAGCUGGCUGCUGAAAUAGCCGUCGAUUUUCCCGAAAAGAAGGUGACACUUGUGCACCGCGGAUCAAGAUUGAUGGAAUUUGUUGGAGAAAAGGCCAGCAAAAAGGCGUUUGAUUGGUUGAUUUCAAAGAAGGUUGAGGUCAUCUUGGGCCAAUCCGUUGACUUGAAUUCGGCCUCAAAUGGUGUGUAUAAGUUACGUGGAGGAGAAACCGUAUACGCUGAUCUCCACUUUCUCUGUGCUGCUAAGCCCUUUGGGACAUCAUGGCUAAGGGGUACCAUUUUGAAAGAUAGCUUGGAUAAGGAUGGAAAGGUGGCUGUUGAUUCAAAUUUGAGGGUCAAGGGUCACAAUAAUAUCUUUGCCAUUGGAGACAUUGUUGAUAUCAAAGAACUCAAGCAAGGAUAUAUAGCUCAAAAUCAUGCACAAGUUGCAGGCAAGAACUUGAAGUUAUUGAUAACUGGAGCAAAUGAGCAGAAACUGGCAAAGUAUAAGCCCGGUUUAACAAUAGCUAUUGUUUCUCUGGGGCGAAAGGACGCUGUGAUGCAAGCUGGGCCUGUAUCCUUUUCUGGAUGUCUUCCGGGCAAGAUAAAGUCCGGGGAUUUGUUUGUUGGCAUGGCUAGGAAAAAACUCGGCCUAAAAUCAAACCUUUCUUAGAAUUGCAAAGCAAAAUCGCGUUCUUUGUAGGUGUGCCCUUCUUAUAUUUACACUUGAGCUAUGAGCUAUGUCUUCCCUAGAUCAUCUCUUAGGGAGAUGGUUUAUGGUUUUUUUACUUCUGGUUACUGCUGAAUUUUACUGGUUUUGUUGUUGUUACUUGAAAGUUUGUAGCAUUUCUACACUUGUUUUCUGUUUUGAUGUAUUUUAGGCACGUACUAUAUUCUCCGUAUGUAUUUGUUCCUCUUGUACUUUUGAGUGUAAAAUAUAAAUGAAAGUUUGCUUCUCCU